AUGAUAUCAAAUAACAAAAAUCAGUCUUCAUCUAUCAAAAAAAAGAGAAGAAAACUGAUUAAGUCGUGUUUAUAUUGUAGGACAAAGAAAUUGAAAUGUGAUAGAAAAAAACCCAAGUGUAGUUCAUGUAUUUCUAGAAACUUGACUGAGUGUUUAUAUCUAGAUAAGAAUAAAUCUGUAUCCAAUCAUUCUAUCGUUCAAAUAAAAGAGGAUUUAAUACCACAGCAAUCAGUGAAUACAACAGCUUCCUUUAACAAUACUACUAGUGGAUCAAAUUCCUAUUUGUCUUCUAGUAACUUUAAUAAAAAACAAAAUAAACAAGAGGAACCUAAUCCAGACACAUUAUGUACAAAAAGCAUUGGAAAUUCUUUUCCCGAUACGACAACUAUAAUGGACAGCAAUCACAAGAAUCCGUUGUAUAUAUUGGAAUGCAUUAGUGCCAAAAAAACCAGGGUCAUGUAUUAUGGACCGACUUCGGUAAGAAGCAUUUUAACUAAUAUGUGUUUUACUACCUUCCCACCUUUCUUUAAAGUUGUGAAGGAGUUUAAGAGAUUUAGGAAAAGCGAAAAGUCAAAAACAAAUUUUACAAUGAUGAAAGAAUUACUUUCACUUGAUGCUGAUCGGCAUGGCACAGUUUUCCAGGAGAUUGUGGAAAUUUUACCUGACUUUAAUACUUUUAGAACAUGUGUUGAAUACUAUUUCGAUACAUUAUAUUAUAAAUUCUUUCCUAUUUUGCAUAAAAAAGUUGUUUUGCAAUAUUUGGACGCUGUAUUAAUUACAGACAAAGAAAAAAAUAAAAUUUUGGGAUUUAAUCAUCCUGAUAGAAGAAACUAUUAUCCAGCCGCCAUACUUUUGUCUUUAUUUUCCAUUACCCAUUAUUCUACAGAUAUUCCCGAUAUUUUAUUUAAGUGGUUUGUUUACUUGGAAGGUUGUUCCACAACUAAGUCUUUAACAUUUGAGAGGGCCCAGUUUUUAUUAUUAGAAGUCACCUAUAGAUUGUAUAAUGGUUUUACAGGUGGCGAUCUCACUCAUCUUGAAAUAUCGGUUGCUAGUUUAUGCAAGACUUCCAUGUCCUUGGGACUUUAUAGGAAUUAUACAAAGUUUUACCCACAAGAAACUCUAGAUAAAAUUGGUGGGAUUGAAAUUGUUAAUAAUAUCUGGUACUGA